UGCAAUACAAUAGACAAACCAUGAUCAGCAUAAGUAAUCUCUUCCUCAUCAUCAUCGUAUUUUGGUUCGUCGUCAGCUUCAUCUUCUCCUCCAUCACUAUGAUCUUCAACCAAAGUUACAAUCCUCCUAUUUGGACAAUCUGAUGCAAUAUGCCCAAAACCAUGACAUUUGAAGCAUUUUUGGCCACUUGGGGUAGAAGAAUUAGGUGUUUUUUUGCUGCCAGCAGAUUCUUCACCCUUUUCUUGCACCUUCGAUAUCACCUUGCUUUGGACAGUAGGCUUGAAACUUCCUCCUUUUAUAUAUCCUUCUUUUGAGCUGUACCGAAAACUCUUUUCAAACUUCUGUUGCUUUUCAACUUUUAAUGCCAGCUUGCUCACAUCAUUUAAAGACCAAUAUGGCUAUAGCUGAACAACUUUAGCAAUCUCAUACUUCAGACCUCCUAAGUAUCUUGCAAUUGUUUGCUCUUCCGGUUCCACAAGUUCUCCUUUUAACAUCAAAUUAUCAAAUUCUGCAGUGUACUCCUCCACACUAAGAUCUUUUUGCUUGAAAUCAUGUAUUUUGAGAAAGAUCUCUUGCCUAUAAUUAUGAGGUAAAUAUUUUCUCUUCAGCUCCCUUUUUAUUUUCUCCCAUGUAACGAUCUUACUCUUCCCCUCACGUUCUCUUUGUUUCUUCAGAUUUUCCCACCAAAAAGAUGCAUUCCGCUUGAGUUUGAGUGCCACAAGUUUGACCUUCUUUUGUUCUGGUGGUUCAUGAAAAUCGAAAAUUCUUUCUACUGUAUUAAGCCAAUCGAUAAAGUCAUCAACAUUUAUUUUACCUUUAAAUUCUGGAAUAUCAAAUCUGGGGAUAUAUUUAUUCUGCCACUCGUCUUGGACUUCAUUUCUUCUCCGACAUCUUCUCGACUCCCUUGGAAGAGGUGUAUCAUCAUCAGAAGUAAACUCUCGAGCGUCAUUUUCAUGUUGGUUAUAUCUAUCUUGAAGUUCGUCGAUUAUUUCAUUUUUUUCUUGUAGGCUACGCAACAAUUUUCGUAGCUGCAGCCUCAACGACUCAGCGUCAUCUUCAUGGUCGCUACCUUCACCAACUACAUCUUUUCCAUUCCGCCUUGCCAUGAUCUCUAGCCUUUAGCUCUGAUACCAAACUGAUACCGGGGAGGGUAAAAAUGCAGAAUGGAUUUCGAAUGAACACCGAUAGAACAGUUGUUCAGAUAGAAAAUGUCACAGAAGGCAAGGAACGAACUCUUGAAGAGACUUCGGUAAAACGAAAUAUAGCUCACCACCAAGUUUAAAAAUCAAAAGGGAUACAGAAGAUCACCACCCUAAUGAUAAUAAACAAGGAUACAGAACUGAAAGCAAAAGACUCACCACUCAAGGACGCAUCCAAGAGAUACAGAGUUCAAAAGAGCACUCCAAGAGAGCUUCUCCUAAUAUCCUCAGUUUUCUAAAAAUCCUUUCUAAAACGUAAACCCCAAAAUAAAUACUAUUGCAUGAAACAACCCUUCAUGCAUAGGGAAUUUCGAAAUUAAGUGCUUUACAACUGCCAACCAACUCCAUUAAUGUAUUCCUUAGCCACGAAGAAAAGCACCAUGCUGCAGCUUUACAACUGCCAACCAACUCCAUUAAUGUAUUCCUUUGUGCAGGGAAUAUCCUGAUGAGCUGUCGUAUCUGAGUAGGCUGAGUUGAAGAUUAUGUGGCAAUAUUAUUGGCUGAAGAAAAAUAUCAUAUUAUCAGCAUGGUCCAUAUGAACAUAUUGUAGCAAAUUAGACACUCCCGUGUCAUUUGGUCCUGGUUCGGUUGAUUAGUUGGUUCAAUCGAACCAACUAAACCGAUAUAACCCUUACCCAACCCUAACCCGCUGUCGCUGCCACUCCCGAUCCCGAUCCCAAUCCCGAUCUCACUGCUCGCCGCUGUCGCUGCUCGCAAACGCUGCCGUUGUCGCCGCUGUCGCUGCUCGCAAACGCUGCCUCUGUCGUCGCUCGCGCCUCUCGCUGCUCGUCGCUCCUGUCGCCGCUUGCCGCUGUCGCUGCUCGCAAACGCUGCCUCUGUUGCCGCUCGCGCCUCCCGCCGCUCGCCGCUCCUGCUCUCGCUGUCGCUGCCGCUGUCGCCGCUCGUGCCUCCCGCCACUCGUUGCUCCCGUUGCCGCUACCGUUGCUCGUCGCUGGCCGCUGUUGCUGUCGUCGCUCGCCGCUGCUUCCUCGUUUCUUAGUCAGCAGGCUCAGUAUACAGUAUACUAUUAAUAUUAAGUUUAUUUGAAAUGAUUAAUUUUCAAUACUGUUAAUAGAUUUUCUUAAUUUAAUAGCAUAUUUUUAUUUAAAAUUUUAAAUAAUUAUAUUUAUCAAUUAUAUUAUAUAUUUUUAUAUUUUAGUGCCUCGCUUCGCUCGGGCAAGCGCUUAGCGCCUCGGGCGUUUUUGGACCUUGGCGCCUAGCGCUUUUUAAAUCACUGAGGAAGAAGCAAGGAGCUGAACAGCUGGGUCAAUGAAAACUAGCAAGCUAGCUGGUUGUUCAUCUUGCCCCCAAAGGUCAAGCAAUGGUCUAGGAACAAGUAUAUCUGGAAUUCAAAAGGAAAGUUAUUCAAGUAGGAUUAAAUCUGCCAGCAAGGCUAUGGCAUUGGAAAAAGGAUCACAAUCUGCACAGAUAUGUGAAAAGCCACUCAAUAUUUCUAUUGAUGAUCAUGGAAAUAACAACACGCUGAUUAGGAGGUUUCCUAACCCUGGCAGAAGCCUUGGACAUAGUGCCAGUGGUGGCUCUUUUGAGGGCCCAUUGGUUAUGGGUAUUAUAUCAUCGUCUCCUGAUAUUCCAGAUAAACAAGACCAUACACGAAGAAGUGAUGUUUCUGGGUCUCAUGCAACUACAGACAGUAAUACAGUGUCAUGGCAUGGCAAUGAUGUUAAAGAAGGGUUACUUGGAGCUGAAGGUGUUAGAUUGCCAACAGCUAUACUUGAUGAAGAACACGGCAGAGUUGAUGAGGAAACUAAUAAGGUUCCAGAACCUAUUAGAACUGUCUGUUCAUUGUCAGGGAAUGAAAAUGAAGUUUCCUUGAUUGAACUGAGAACAAGAAAUUCUUUUAGUUCUAUUCAUGCAUUGAUGGAAAGCUGUGCCAGGUGCUCUGAAUCUAGCACUCCUUUGGCUGUUGGGGUUGAUAUGGGGAUGAAUUUACCUGCUACUGUAGCAGCCAGGGAAAUUUCCAAGUCUGUUAUUAUGUCUCACUGAGUCACCUGAAAGUUCACCUGCAAUAGAAGAUAUUUGUACUGGAAAUAGUGAGUCCAAAUUGAGGCUAUCAUGUGAUAGUGAUAUAUUUCAAAGAAACAACCAUCAUGAUGAAGCUGCUGAUGCCAAUUCUGAGAAGCAAGGGAGGAGUUUUGGUUCUGUGCUAGCUAGAGAUCCAUGACAAGACGUAGGGGCCAGCUUUACAGGUGACAGCAGAAAUGCUAUGCAAUUGCAGGAAAAUAAAUCCACUGGUGAUCCAACAACACAAUCUACUACUUCAUGUGUGAGUUCUCAUAAAAUAGGAGAUUCCUGUAUCAUUGUUGAGGUAAAGCCUGGGGAAGAAAAAGAAGAUAGAUGUUCUUCUGUGUGUAGACCAGCAGAAGUCGAGGGGCAUAAUGGUGGUGGAGCCACUCCACUUGAGGAUACUAGAGGACAUGUUUCAGCAUUAGCACUGAUGGUAAGCCUAAUUUGACAAGCCCAUCAAUGGAUAGGAACAAAUCCUUCGAGUGUGAUCAUGAAGAAAUUGGAGAUGGAAGUAUAUGCACUUCUAACAUCAAAAUAGGUGAUGGAUCUGAUUGCACUGCUGCUUCGGGUAGAAAAUUACAGAAGCUGCUUGUUGAGGAUCCUAUGUCAGGUCCUGUAGUUAAGGAAGAACUAGGUAGUGCUAGUGCAACUGACCAGCAGCAGCUACCAUCAUUAGAUGCUGUAGAUGAAAGUGUUGUUGCUGUUGUCUCAUUGGCUGCUGAUAAUGUUCCAUCUCCUAAAGCUGUUGAUGAGUCUAUGACUAGUAAGUCUGAGAACUCUGGAAUUGGUUACUUCAAAUUGGGGGAUGAAACAAAAGAGAAAAACAGUAUUUCUACUUCUAGCAUUGAUGAACUAGUUAGAUCAGCGAUGGUCUCUCUUGUCACUGCUGAGAUUGCUAGUGAGGUAAAAGAGGUUCAUGAGAGUUAUCCAGUUGGGUCCAAAGGUCAAGAACCACCUUCUACUUCUAUGAUCAAAGAAAUUGAGAAUUGUGAAAAAACUAUUGGCUUUAACUUUAAGACAUCUGGGUUCAACGCAGAUAGAAGGGGCGAGCUUGCAUCAUCUACAGAGUCAUGCUCAUCGGGUGUUUCUGCUGAGCCAGAUGUUAUCAGUAAGCUUGAAUUUGAUUUGAAUGAGGGCAUUUCUGGUGUUGAUGCCAAUGAAGGAGAGCCAGCUAUCUCAACUGCAAUAGUAUGCUCAUCUGUAAUUCGUUUGCCUAGUCUAUCUCCCUUUGCAAAUCCAAUGUCAAAUGGUUUUUUGCCUGCUUCAAUAACAGUAGCUGCACCAGGAAAAGUACCGUUUAUGCCACCUGAAAAUUUGUUGAAGGCUAAGGAUGAGACUGGAUGGAAAGUCUCAGCAGCCACUAGUGCAUUUUGGUCAGCAGAACCACGAAACAUUUCUAGAGAUGCCACCUAAUAGUUCGCAUAUGCCACCAUCUUAUUUUGCCAGAAAGCAAGGCCAUCCUCUGCUAGACAUUGAUCUGAAUGUAGCUGGUGAGGGAGUUCUUGAAGACAUGGCCUCUGAGAGUACUUCUCAGACUACAGUGUCCAUUUCAGGGACUGUUAGUACUCAUCAUGCACCAUCAAGAAUUGCUGGGGGAGUUGAUCUUGAUUUAAAUAGAGUUGAUGAUGGUCUGGGACUCUGGAAAAUGGACAGCUCUUGACAAGCAGUAGCCAUAGAUUAGAGGCACCAAUUUUGCCUACUCAACUUGCAUCUGGAGCAUUUCCUGGUGGAGAGGCAAGUGUGCUAAGGAACUUUGAUCUGAAUGACCGACCAGGUGCUGAUGAAGUUGGUUUAGGACCAACACCAAGGAGCCAAAAAACAGAAACUACAAGUGAUGUGCCAUUUUUUGCUCCACUUGCAGAUAUAACAAAUAAUCUUUCAUGGAUCUGUCCUACCUCUUUUCCAGCUGUUGCUACAUAAUCUUUCCUGCCUGAUAGAGUGUAGCAGUUUAAUCCAUUAGUUGCAAUUCCAGUGUCUCAGAGGAUUUUGUCAGUAACUGGUGGUGGCAACUCCUUGAAUGAUGAUUAUAGAGGCUCUGCACUUUCAUCAUCACCAGCCAUGACAUUUGCUUCUGUGACAUCACUUUCUUAUGCAAGAUUGCCCUUUGCUUCUGGUUAUCCAAUCAGCUCAACCUCUUUCUCAGGUUGUUCAACGUCCUAUGUUGAUUCUUCAUCAGCUGGUGGUUCAUUCUUCCCUGCUUUUCCUUCACUGCUUGUCAGACCUCCUAGUGCUGUAUUAUCUCAUUAUCCAAGGGUUGCCUAAUAAGCUUUCCAGAUGGUAGUACUAGUACUGUGUCUGACAACAAUCUGAAAUGGAGCAGACAUGGGUUCGAUCUCAAUACAGGUCCAGAUAUUGGAGAUAUGGAGGCAAAAGAUGAGAAACUAUCUUCAGCAUCAAGACAACUGCUAGUUGCCACUUCGGAAGUAUUCAUGGACGAACAGGCAAGAACUUAUGGAUUUCCAGGUGUAAGUUCGAAGUGGAAGGAAGCUGAAGGGAGUUGCCAUGCAGAGAAAUAUACAGACAGAUCUGUUAAGCAACUUCCAUGGAAGUAGGGAGAUUAUUGAACACAGCAACUGUAGCUUCCAUAUCUGGCACGAUCUUGUGUGGAAUUUCUUUCUUACUAGUUUAUACACAAGCAACAAUCACGUACGUACUAGUGUUUGCCUUGAUGUCUGAAACUCUCAAAGGGGAUCCGAACCAUUUCUGUAAUUCAUGUAAAUGUUUAGAUAUGAUUCACUCCAAUCAUUUCACAUUUCACAACUUGCUUUUUUUAGCAUUUAGGGUUUUCAGUGUAAAUUUGCUGCCUUUUCUAAUUGAAAUUAUAUAUAUUUCAGGCCUUCAAAGUUGGAUGGUAAGUGAUAUCAUUUAAAUAUUCCAGUUUUUCAUUCUCUAAUCUUUUUCUUUUAUGCCACUGCAAGUGUGUUUUUGGAUUGUUCAGAGGCAUUGUUAUCAUAUUUUUCACUUGUCUAGUUCCUGCAGAUUACCAACUGUAUGUACUUCAGAAUGCACUUAAUAUUUUGCAGCUCAGUUAUGAACUUCUGGUUGUCUGUAUUUAUUUCCUUAAAUUGUAUGUUUGUCAAAUUUUGUCUGUUAAAUCUGUCUUAGAUGAAUGGCUCUGACAUAUAACUUUGGAGUCAAAAUAGCAACAUGUUUGUUGAUUUCUUGUCUUUUUUUCUAAAGGCAGAUGUGAAUGAGGAUUUAGUUUCAUUGGUUUCAACUUUUGUAAUGAUUGAUAAUGGUGACAUUUGCCAAUCCAUGGCUUGUUGGACAAAGCACAUCUCAAGCUUCUUUUGAUUCCUAGAGGGGGAUGACUUGUAGAUAAUAUCAAUGUGUUAAACCCAUUCAGAUUUUAGUUUGUUCUUUUUUCUUGUUGGUUGUGUUGCUUACAUGAUUUUGUUGAUUCCAGACUACUCUAAUAAUUGAACAUGGAAAUAUGUGUGUUGAGCAUUCUGCAUAGGGGCAUCAUGACCUGGUUUCCAUGGAAAUAUGUGCUAUUUAAUUUUUAUUGG